UUCAGAACCUCUCAUCUUUCUCUUUGUGGCUCAAACUCAACCUUCAAACUAUGCAACAACAACACUUCACUCUUCUUCCCACAGCUCAAGAAUUCACAGAGAGCUCAAAACAGAGACAACAAAGUUCUGAGCAUACAUAACCAUGUCAUUAUCCACCACCACUAGUGGUCACUCUUCUCUUUACUCUGCACUCACAUUGCCAAGAACCACCCAUAUCCACUCUAAGCAAAACCAAGCUCUGUUCAUUCCCACCACCAAGUUGUUUUCUUCCAAAAGUGGUUUUUCUUACUGUUUCUCCAACACCCAUUUGCAUAGGCCGUUCCUUUUUGCGGUUAAAGCUUCACCUGAGGUGGGGUCAGAAGCACCAAAACAGGGGAGUGACAAGGGUGAAGGAGAAGAGGAGCCAUAUGAAGAGUAUGAGGUGGAGCUGGAUCAGCCUUAUGGACUCAGGUUUGUGAAGGGUAGGGAUGGUGGGACUUAUAUUGAUGCUAUUGCACCAGGAGGAGCAGCUGAUAAGGCUGGAGUUUUCACUGUUGGGGAUAAAGUACUUGCCACCAGUGCAGUUUUUGGGACCGAGAUUUGGCCAGCUGCGGAAUAUGGAAGGACAAUGUACACAAUUCGCCAAAGAAUUGGCCCGUUACUCAUGAGAAUGCAGAAGAGAUAUGGAAAGAUAGAAACUGGUGGUGCGUUAACUGAAAAGGAGAUUAUCAGAGCUGAAAGAAACUCUGGUGUAAUCAGUAACAGAGUGAGGGAAAUUCAAAUGACAAACUACAUGAGGAGAAAGGAACAGAAAGAGCAGAGAGAAAAUGAUUUGAAAGAAGGAUUAGUGCUAUAUAGGAAUGCCAAAUACGAGGAAGCGCUAGAGAAAUUUGAAUCUGUUUUGGGGUCGAAGCCAGAACCUGACGAAGCAGCAGUUGCAAGUUACAAUGUUGCUUGUUGUUACUCUAAGCUGAACCAGAUUAAAGCUGCACUUUCUUCACUUGAAGAAGCUCUGAAUUCUGGUUUUGAAGACUUCAAGAGAAUCAGAAGUGAUCCAGACCUGGCCAACCUAAGGGCAUCAGAGGAUUUUGAUCCCCUUAUAAAAAGAUUCGACGAAUCAUUUAUCAAUGAGAAUGCCAUCAAUGCCAUCAAAUCUCUUUUUGGCUUUAAUAAGAAACAAUGACACCUUUGUGUGGACACAAGCGUUCAGUUUGGCUGACUAAGGAGUUGGUUGAGCUAUAUGAUACCAUGACAUUUUAUUUCCCCAUGUAUAACUUUACAGUUGACAGCAGGUCUCUCAUUUUUUGCCCCUUCAGUGGGAUCCUGUAUUAUGUAUUAUAUAAGAAACUUUUGAUCAAUAUAAUUGUCCAUUUCCAACAACAAUAAAAAUCCCUCAUCACAUCCCAA